CAUAUAGCACUCACCUUAUACUACCUAGUACUAAUAUUGGUCUUCCUUCCUCCUUCUUUUUUUUUGGUUCCAGGUUUUCAUUCAGUUAUUUUCUGAAUUGAUGCCUGAUGCCUUGAUUCUCAGGUACUUUUGGGAAGGAGCUCCUCCCUCUUAUCGUUAGCCUUUUCAUCGACAAUUAUCGGAUAAAACUUAAGCGGUUCUAUCUCAUUCCAUCUUACAACUAAUCCGCGUCACUUCAAUAACUGCGUUAAGUAGUCAGAACUGGUUUUCGGUCUCGCUUUGAUUUGUGAAAAGUACCUACAGCUUUUAUUAUAUCAUCUUUAGCACAAGAUGUCUUCUUCAAUCACUUCUACUGACGCCACAUGCGAGGAUGAAGCUACCGCAUCUGUUCCCCGAGAUUCACCAGGACGGCCACAAGUACAAGAAAGUUCAUUGAACGGUGAAGGAGACUCGGAGUCCGACAAUGAUCUCUCUGACACGACAAAGGCGGUACAGGUGCAGGUACAGCCACAGUCAAGGACACGGAAAGUACUGGACGGUGCACAGUUUACUCAGUUUAUGAGAGAUCAUCAAGAGCGUAUCUUUAACUCUCUCUCCAAUUCGGCCAUUAAGGACGAGGACAAGUCCAUGUACCUGCUUGUACGAGAAGCAGAGAGUGAAAAGAUCAUUGAAAGUCCAAGGGAAUACCAGACCGAACUAUUCGAGAGGGCUAAGCAGAAAAAUAUCAUUGCUGUCUUAGAUACUGGGACUGGAAAGACGCUUAUUGCAGCACUCCUCAUCCGUCAUACUAUCGCGCAAGAGCUUGAAGAUAGGAAUGCUGGAAAGCAGCCGAGAAUUUCCUUCUUCUUGGUCGAUAAAGUUGCAUUAGUUCUUCAGCAAUAUGAAGUUCUCAAAGCUAACUUGGACCGACCUGUCCAGCGAGUCCAUGGUGACAUUGGUGGCUCUUCUCUCACCCAGACUUUCUGGAAUCAAAUGAUCAAUGAGGGUACUGUGAUGGUCUGCACUGCAGAAAUCCUUCUCUCGUGUCUUCACUACUCUUACAUCAAGAUGGAGAGUAUCAACCUCUUAAUAUUUGACGAGGCUCACCAUGCCAAGAAGAACCAUCCCUACGCGAGGAUCAUCAAGGACUUCUAUGCAUCCUUAGAAAAGAAGGGAACUAUACGCCCACGUAUUCUAGGCAUGACUGCCUCUCCCGUCGACGCUAAAACAGACCCAGCCACAGCCGCCGCGAAACUCGAAGGGCUACUACACAGCGAGAUAGCCACAGUAGAGGACAUAUCUGUCUUUACCAAGUCAUCCAUCAACCGCCCAAAGGAGAACCUCAUCGAGUACAAUGUUGCGCCAUUUCCCUUUGAAACACCACUCUGGCAGAAGUUGCAUAAGUUGGUUGGGCACAAUGUCGUCAUAGCAAGACUGUUUGCCUAUGCAAAAGACUGCACUGCAGAGUUAGGUCGUUGGUGCGCAGACCGAGUUUGGAAACUAUUUUUUACCGAACAAGAGGCCCAAAAGAUGGAAGCAAGAACGGAGAGAAAUUUCAUGACGGGCAAAUUGCAAUUUCCCAUAGCUGCCCUUGAUGCUGAGAGGGCGGCAGUUCGGGAAGCCUACGAGGUGGUGGCUAACCAUCCAUUUCCCUGUCCUGACCGCACCCCCUUCCAUUUGACCGACAAGGUUGAGUCAUUGAUCAAAAUGCUUUUUCAGCACUUGGAUCCAAGCAAGGACAAGUGUAUCGUAUUCGUGGAGAAGCGCCUUACGGCGAUGUUGUUGGCAGACCUUCUCCAACAACCAAGCUUAAACAUGCCAUUCCUCAAGACUGGUGUACUAUUGGGUGCUUCGAGUAGUGAAAGGGGGGAUUUAGGGAUGACCUUGAAAGAACAGUUUGUGACCAUGCACCAAUUUCGAAACGGAGAUCUGAAUUGCAUCUUUGCCACGAGUGUUGGCGAGGAAGGCAUUGACAUUCCAGACUGCAAUAUCAUCAUUCGGUUUGAUCUUUGCAAAACCAUGAUUCAAUACAUACAAUCAAGGGGUCGAGCCCGUCGUAAAGACUCCAAAUUCUUUCACAUGGUCGAAUCUACCAAUCGCAGCCACUACCGUUCUAUCCUCGAAAAUGAAGAUAGCGAGGCGAGGCUUCGUAGGUUCUACAGUACGUUGUCGGAAGAUCGAAUCAUCAGCAGAAGCGAUUACAAUAUCGACUAUUUCCUGUCCAAGGAAAAGGACCAGCGCAUUUAUAUCGUGCCUUCGACGAAGGCGAAGCUGACCUACAAGAUCAGUCUUGUAGUACUAGCCAACUUUGUUUCGACCCUACCACGACCAUUGGACACCAUCUAUACUCCAGAUUAUAUAAUGCGGCACGUUGGACGGGAAUAUCAAUACGAGGUUAUCCUUCCAGAGACAUCCCCGGUCAGGCAUGCGGUUGGACGAAUCUCAACCACCAAGCAGGUCGCUAAAUGUUCAGCAGCUUUUGAGAUGUGUUUGGAGUUAAGAAGGAAGAAAUUCCUCGACGAGAACUUGCAGUCUACAUACACUAAAAAGCUCCCAACCAUGCGUAACGCACAAUUGGCUAUCAGCUCGAAGGACAGGGCAGCGUACCAAAUGCGUACAAAGCCCCAAAUAUGGGAUACGCGAGGUAUGCCCGAAAGGUUAUUCAUGACAGUACUAAAGUUAUCUUCUCCGGAAGCCUUGGGAAGGUCGUCAAGACCAUUAGCUAUCCUUACUAGGCAUCCUCUCCCACAAGUGGCCCAGUUUCCUCUAUACUUCAGCCAACAGCAAACCUCGAACGUAAUAUGUGUACCACUGUCUUGCCCUUUAGAGACAACAUUGGAAGAUGUCGCGAAAGUCAACCAGUUCACGCUGAAGGUCUUCGACGACGUAUUCAGUAAAGAGUAUCGUUCGGAGCCAGAGAAGAUGCCUUACUUUCUUGCACCCCUCAUACCCACUCAUGACUUCGAUUUCGCCAGUAUUACUACAGAUGUCCGACCUCUGAUUGAUUGGGAGUACCUUUCUUGGCUACAGAAUGCCGACCGACAUCUUCCAUCUCAAGACCAACCGGACGAUUUCUUUAAGGAACGUUUCGUCAUCGACCCGCACGACGGCUCGCGGAAAUUUUAUACAGUUCACCGUCGCCAUGAUCUUAAACCAACUGACCCAGAACCAUCAGGAGUCCCCAAAGGGCAAGGCGGAAGGGGCAUGCGUGACGGGCCAAAAGAUAUAUGGAAUUUCAGUAUCAGUCUCUGGACUAAAUCGCGCGCCAGGUUGACAAUCCGCCAUGAAUUGCCCGUCAUAGAAGCCGAGUACAUUCCACUCCGCCGAAACCUCCUUGAUGAACUUGAUAGGCCAGAGGAUGUAGAGAAAAAGUGUUACAUCGUUUUUGAGACUCUCAAGCUUUCCGUGUUGCCUGUUGAUAUAGUUGCCAUGGUUUACAAUUUACCUGUCAUAAUAUAUCGACUUGAAACAUGUCUCAUCGUGCUAGAGGCUUGCAAGUCCUUAUCCCUCGACAUACGUCCUGAUCUGGCCCUCGAGGCGAUGACUAAGGACAGCGACAAUACUGAAGAAAGCUUGGAAGAGCAGGUAAACAUUCAAGGAGGUAUGGGGAAGAACUACGAGCGGCUUGAGUUUCUAGGAGAUUCGUUCCUAAAGAUGAGCACGACCAUUUCUCUGUUUACGCAGAUUCCCAACAGCAACGAGUUUUGGUACCAUGUUUACCGUAUGGAGCUCAUCUGCAACAGCACUCUCUUUAAGAAUGCUCGUGAACUUAAACUCGAGGAAUCAAUCCGCUCAAAGGGGUUCAACCGACGAAUUUGGUAUCCAGACGGCCUCGAACUAUUGAAAGGAAAGAAGAAUGACAGUAUUCAAGGAAAGAAGGGUGCCAGCAGAGGUCUGCAUACACUUGCAGACAAGUCCAUUGCCGACGUCUGCGAAGCUCUCAUAGGGGCGUCAUAUCUCACGACCCAUGGACAAAAUCGGUUCGACUUGGCUGUACAAGCCGUCACAAAGUUUGUCAAUCAUCCUAACCAUAAGAUGAUGAAGUACGCAGACUACUAUGCGGCGUAUGAGGUUCCGGAGUGGCAGAGCGCUGAGCCGACAGCAGUGCAACGUGAAGUAGCCAGGCAGAUUGAAGAGCAGCUUGGGUAUAAGUUCAAGUACCCCCGUCUACUACGUAGUGCCUUCAUGCACCCAUCAUACGGUACGAUUUACGAGCGUAUCCCUAGCUAUCAACGGCUUGAGUUUCUAGGCGACGCACUUCUCGACAUGGUCUGCGUCGACUUCCUAUUCCAUCGGUACCCCAACGCAGAUCCUCAGUGGCUGACCGAACACAAGAUGGCCAUGGCGUCGAACCAGUUCCUAGGUUGUCUCUGCGUCGCCCUUGGUUUCCAGACGCACAUGAUCUCCAUGACCUCUGGACUGCAAGCUGAAAUUACACAGUAUGUGGCAGCUAUAGAGCAAGCACGCAAGACAGCCGAGGAAGAAGCAGAAUCCGCUAACCUCGGUCGCGCUUCGUACGCGAGGAAUUUCUGGGUCGAGAUCCAGAAGCCCCCCAAGGCGCUUCCAGACCUCGUGGAGGCCUACGUCGGCGCUCUCUUCGUCGACAGCGAGUACGACUACGGCCAGGUGCAGCGCUUCUUCGACACGCACAUGCGACCCUACUUCGAGGACAUGCACAUCUACGACACCUUCGCCAACCGACACCCCGUCACCUUCUUAGCUAACAUGCUGCAGCUGCACUACCGCUGCGUCGACUGGCGCCUCAUGGUCCAAGAAAUCGCCGGCGACGACGGCAAUGGCGCUGCCGCCGCCUACACCAGCAAGCCCCACGUCCUCUGCGCCGUCAUGAUCCACGGCCGCGUCCGCGAACACGCCAUCGCCGCCAGCGGUCGCUACGCCAAGAUCGCCGCCGCAAAGAAGAUCAUGCUCGUAUUGCAGGACCUCUCCGUCGACCAGUAUAAGGCCGAGUUCGGCUGCAAGUGCUCCCCCGAGGAUGUAGAGGAGCAGGGCGCGGAUCCGUUGGCGCAUGCUACUGCUGUUUGAGUUUGGGUUGGGGGAGUGGGUGCCUACCUAUGUUAGAUAGGUAGGAUACUUAGCUUAGUAGGUUGAUGGAUGAUAUGGAUGAUAUGGAUGUGUGGGUGUGUAUGUGUAUACCUACUUACCUAUAGUACGGUGCAAUAUGACCAAGGGGUGAAGUGCUGCUCUUGUACGAUGAUCUGAUCUAUACAAAGGGAAAAGGGGGAGGCUUCAAGUUAUUGCUUAGGUAUGUUGUUCCUACCUACCUACAUACUAGGUACUAGGUAGAAUAACUACUUUUAUAGUACGUAAGGGUUUCAAGAGAUUCAUAAUGUCACUUAUUGCUGUCUACCUAGGUACCUAGUCUACUAAAAACUCAAUGAAGGGACGAUACCAACCAGGCCCCCCUAUUCAUCACAAAAUCCAAACCCCAAGUAGCCAUCGCUAACAUCAAAUAUAUUCCAACCAUCCAUUGCAUGACAGUUCCCUUCUCUAUUGUUUUAUUCAUCUAGGUUUGUUCCCAACUACCUUGUGUAUCAUACCACCAGGGGGCUCUGCAUGUGAGGUUUUGCACCAAGUGACGAUAUAACCAUUACAAGCCAACAUGCCAGUGAUUAAAGAGGCACUCAAAUGUAACGGUAUCUAGGUAUCAACAAACCCGACAAACAUAUCAAAACA